UCGAGAGGACACGCUGCACGCGCGUCGCUGUUUCUUCUUUCAAACUUAUUUAAACCUCGCCCUGGGCCGUUUCGGUGUGGCGGCAUGCUGCUGGCCGUGCUGAGCUGGCUCUGCGCCUCCCUGCUGGUGGCUGUCGGCGCGGGGAAGCUGCCCGAAGCCGAGGUGCAGAUAGAAGUUCUGCACAAACCGUUUAUCUGUCAUCGAAAGUCCAAGUACGGCGACAUCCUGCUGGUGCAUCAUGACGGAUACUUUGAGAAUGGGACCGUGUUUCACUCCAGUCGAAACGAAGGUGACAAGCAGGCGGUGUGGUUUACACUGGGCAUCAGAGAAGCGAUCAAAGGCUGGGAUAAAGGCCUGCAGGACAUGUGCUCUGGAGAGAAGAGGAAACUUGUCGUACCUCCAGCUCUGGCCUAUGGGAAGGAAGGGAGAGGUAAGAUUCCACCUGAGAGCACACUGACCUUCUUCAUCGAGGUGCUUGAGAUCAGGAACGGACCGAGGUCACAUGAGUCCUUCCAGGAGAUGGACCUCAACGAUGACUGGAGGCUCUCCAAGCAUGAGGUGAAAGUGUAUCUGAGGAAGGAGUUUGAGCGUCACGGCUACCCUCCGAAUGACACUUUACAUGAGAACAUGAUGGAAGACAUCUUUUCCAAAGAGGACGAGAACAAAGACGGCUUCAUAUCCUCCAGGGAGUUCACUUACCGACACGAUGAACUUUAAAUCCUCAUCCUGUCCCACGAACCACUCUCUCAUCCAGUGUCUUCCAGUUUAAUGAUUUGUUGUGGAAAUACUUUGGCACAGACUUUUAAUGUUAAUAAAGUAUUUCACUUUUAUAGAGGGAGUGUUUUGGUCAGGUGUGUGACAUGUAAACUCCUCCUGUGUGAACCUUUUAACCAACAACACUUCUUUGCAUUUUUGUAUGUUUACUUCUGCAAGAGCACUCUCUAUCCGGUCUUGCAUCCAUGGUUAGGUCAAAUUAAUUUGAAAUGUCAUAGUUUACUGACUAUGAAUCAUAUGGAAAUUCCUGUUUUUAGUAAUGUAAUCUGUUGGAGUAGCAAAAAACUGAAUUUAAUCUGAAUUACUGGAUUACUUUAAAAUCAAGCAAUGAAAAUAAAAAAAUUUUUUAAUGCA